GUGCUGCAGCGAGAAGCCUGUUUUCUUGGGUCCAUCCGAGUGGAGUGAGGCUGAGCCCCUGGGUCCGAAGACCCUGGAGCUGCCCGAGGCCAUGACUCAGUCUGUUACCCCGUCUGUUCUGCGGCUCCGGGCGCCAGGACACCCCCAGGCAGCCCCGCCGGUAACGGUGCUGCUGCUCUCAGGCGCCAAGAAGUGGCUGGAGUGGAGGAAGGAGCUCGAGCUGCUGUCGGACGUGGCCUACUUCGGCCUCACCACGCUGGCAGGCUACCAGACCCUCGGCGAGGAGUACGUGGGGCUCAUCCAGGUGGACCCGUCCCGGAGGCAGGUGCCCCUGAGGCUGCGCCGCGGCGUGCUGGUCGCGCUGCACACGGUCCUGCCCUACGUGCUGGACAAGGCCCUGCUCCACCUGGAGCAGGAGCUGCAGGCCGAUGGCAAUGGCGCCCGCCCGGCGCCGGGCAGCCUGGCACCCAGCGCGAGAGGCCGGUCGCGAGCCAGGCGCUGGGUGCACAGGCAGGUGGCGGCCCUGCCGGAGCCGCAGAGGAGGGCGCUGCUGAGGGCCGUGCUGGUGUUCACAGGCCUGGGCUGCCUCCACCGGCUGCACAUCUCCUGGUUCUACAUCCACGGCGCCUUCUACCACCUGGCCAAGAGGCUCACCGGAGUCACCUACAAGCCUCACGGAGGAGAGAGCGGUGUCCCGGACCUCGCUGUGCACCCUGUGCCUGGAGGAGCGCAGGCACUCGACGGCCACGCCCUGCGGCCACCUGUUCUGCUGGGAGUGCAUCACCCAGUGGUGCGACACCAAGACGGAGUGUCCCCUGUGCCGGGAGAGGUUCCCGCCCCAGAAGCUGGUCUACCUGCGGCACUUCCGGUGACAGGACGGACGGAUGGAGCCACCGGCAGCCGCCUGUCAGGAGAGACAUAAUGGAUUCUGACGAACUUGCACAGAAACCGUAAAAUCCUCUGAUUUUGUA